GGUUGUGAUGGAGGGUGUCCGUGGUAAAAACGUUGCCGGAGACAUUGCUCUGGAUGAUAUCACCAUGUCUACAGGCCCUUGUAGCACAGGUGCAGUUAUGUGCAGCCAUACUCCUUGCAACGUGACCUGUACCAGGGCCGACAACCAUGGUUACUACUGCACCUGCACUGCCGACUGGGAUGGAGAGAUCUGUAAUGAAUAUGUGGCAUUGACGUUGAAAGACAACAUUGACGAGUGUGUGAGCAGCCCCUGCAGAAAUGGUGCCGUGUGCUUAGAUCGACUCAACGGGUACCUGUGCCAGUGCCCUCCUGGUUAUGAAGGCCUUCAUUGUGAAACAGGUUAUUCUGAUGUAAGAGUGUCCCCCUGCUCUACCCAGUUCUCAGGCUGCACCUUGCUGGAUCCACCUGUUUCAACUUCAGUUCCAAACUGUGAUAUUCAGACAGGAAUCACAGAAGGGAUCCACAGGCUAACAGAACCCUUUACGGUGUCUCGUAUGGCAGACUUUGUCCUACACGGUGAAGCCAGGCUGGUGUCGUGUGUAGACAUGUCUGUCACGGGAUUUUCCUGGACAAUCUUCCAACCAACCACAGCUCCAAACCCUGUGAAUACGUUUGCCCCCGUUUAUGGCCUCUGGAACCUGGUCACAAACAAAGAACAUCUGACAGUUCCCAAACUGACAUUGCUGCCAGGAACUUACAUGGUUCAGUAUACGUUGGGAUAGUAUGACUUCUGGGUAAAUGCCUCAGUGUCCUUGGAUCCGGAGGGUCUGGUCUCCAUGUCAGAUCUCAACUUUACCUGGACUUGUCAGACAAGUGAUGGCUGUAAGUUGAUACCAAAAUUUUUUUUUUAUCUUAAUAUCACAGGCCCUGGCCAUCUCCACUACAGGGUAAAUCAACCAGCAGGGACUACCUUCAACUUCACAGUGCAGGCUUCCUCUCCAGGAGGCAUUGUAUCAUCAAUUCAGGCAUCACAGGUUGUGGUUUUCCAGGACAACAGGGCUUGUGGGCUGGCCAUACGCUGCAUCAACAACUGUGAUUGGUCGAACACAAACUCAUCCGAGGAUCUGGUGCUGGAGGCUGUUCCAGGUAGCAGUGAGACCCCCUGGUAUGAGUGGACAGUGGUGGAGCACCCCCAGGGCUUUGGAGGUCUCCAGAUGAACAGUACACAACCAGAAGUUGUCAUCGCAAGCAACACAUUCAAUGUGUCAGGAACGUACAUUCUGCGUGUUGUCAACCGCAACGGAGUCUGCAGCGAUGGCCUGGCAGUGUCAGAGUGGACGUUCACAGUUUCUGGUCCCCCAGCAAUGCGGAACAAGGGUCUGACCACUCCCUGUGUGAUAGAACAUGUAGGGGAAGGCAGAUGUGUGUGCUGUGGAGAGUUCGUCGAUGACUCUGGCCAUGUCAAUGUUACCUACAAGUUUGCAAUAAUUCAUUCACCUGUGGAUGUAGAGAUGGGCUGGAUUCAGUUCCCUCAAGACGCACCUUUUCUGCAGGCAUCCCUCCAAUUCACACCUUAUUUCAGCCAGGUUCCGUGGUACUGCCCAAAGUUCUUUCCCCCAAACAACUUCACCAUAGAGCUGGAGGUUAUCUCUGUAGAUGGGAGAGUUGCAGAAUUCAACAUCACAGAAGACAGUGGGGGGCAGCCUGUGGAUUUUGAUAGCCUGUUACAGAUACCGCUACAAGACGUCAAUGCGGUCAUGGACCUUUCAUCCCUGCUAGUUAUGCACACUGCCGACCUGGAGAAACUCUCCAAUGAUGAUACACUGAAGGUUGCGAGAGGUCUAGAAAAAUCAGCAGAAUCCAUGAAGAUGAUGGUGGAAAAUGACAAAACUGGGAGUACCCAAGUGAGCAACAUCAAUACAGCAUCUGCAACCAUCUUCACAGGUAUGGCAAUCCUGAUGGAGUCUACUUCAACCUCUGACCUGGAUGUUGAAGGGUCCAAUUUACAAGAGACAACUGAACUUAACAAUAAAACAGUCGGCACAGCUUUCAAGGCCAUCAGCAAUGUGCUUCACAUGUACGACACCCUGAUGGCAGCUGAUGGGACCGGGAGUGCCUCACUUGAGAUGUCAUCGCUUCAUGCCAAGGUCCAGAAGGAGCCUUGUCAAGUUGGCCAGAAGAAGGUGUUCACAGUCAAUGACGUCCUCUUUGUAGUCCCAGCAUUCAACCUCCUCAGCAACAGUUGUGAGGAUAGCUUUGAAGUGGAGGUAAUCAACUCGGACUUCAACCCUUUCCGGUACGCGGGAAACUCCCCUGAUGUAGGUUCGGAGGUGGCGGGCCUGACGGUGUGGCAGGGACGGGACAGGCGCCCGGUGCACGACCUCCCAGAACCUGUGGACAUGAUCAUCCCCAGGGACAAACAGCGCACUACAAGUUCUGUGUUCAAGUACACAGGCAGGGUCAGAAGCAGGGAUGACAUCCUUAGGACCAUGACUGCACUCACCAUCCUACUCAACAUCAACAGCACCAGCCAGCCAGACCUGGACCCGCCACACAUGCAGCUGGUGUGGCAGAGAGCAUCCCCGCCGACUGCGCACAGCUUUAAAGCUGCCAGCUGGACAGCUGCGCUACCUGUUCCACAGGACCAGCUGUAUACACUACAGCUGCAGCACACAUACAACAAUACAAUCCUGACAUCCCACCCGUACUCCUGGCUUCUGCCACCCGAAGCUCUGAAUCUUACGGAGUCGGACUUACAAAACAACACAACUUUCUUCUUAGGUGUGAAGUAUGAUGGAGAGGACACCAGUAUCACAGUGUCUAUAUUGGAAAGUGCAUGUGUCUACUUCGGAGAAGACUCAUCCCACCAAUGGGAAGAUGAUGGUUGCGAGGUGGGCCCACUUUCCAACAUGACCCACCUCCACUGCCGCUGUGACCACCUGACCAAGUUUGCCGGGUUCGUCCCGCCCAAUCCUAUUGACUUCACGCCGAGUGGAAACAUCUUGGAGAACCCGAUAGGACUCAUCUUAGUCCUGACUGUGUUCAGUCUGUUCCUGCUCGGAUAUCUGAUGGCAAGAAAGGCAGACAGACUGGACCUGACUAAGGUGGGUGUGACCACACCAACAGGUCAUACAUUGAACCCUGACCCUGACUGUCGUUACGUAAUCACUGUCUACACUGGCUUUCGCUUGGAUGCCGGCACCACUGCACAGGUUUCCAUCACGGUGUUCGGCUUCCGUGAUGAGAGCCAGCCUCUGGCCCUACAGGACGCCCGCCGUCAGCUGUUCCAGGGCGGCAGUGUGGACUCCUUCCUGGUCUCCUGUGAGAACCCCCUGGGACCACUCACACACAUCCAUGUCUGGCACGACAACACCGGCCACAGCCCAGCAUGGUGGCUAGCUCUAGAUGAAGAUGAUGGCAGAAUCGACCGUAUGGUCUUUGUCGCCUCCCCAGAGGAGAUGACAGUACUCUCCAACCUCAUCAGCGAAAGGGCUGCAAAGGACUUCCAUGACGGCCACCUGUUCUUCUCCGUGGUUGGUCGCCCCGCUCGCAGUGCCUUCACCCGCACCCAGCGGCUGUCGUGCUGUCUGUCCGCGGUGUACAGCACCAUGCUGGCCAACAUCAUGUUCUUUGGGCAGGGGGACAACUUCGACCCCCCACAGCCCAUCCGCAUCAUGGGAGUGGAGAUAGAACCUCCAGUCUCCCUUCCACAGAUCAUGAUUGCAGUUCAGAGUGCAGUCAUCAUUGUCCCCCUCAAUGCCCUGAUCGUACUGCUGUACAGGAAUGCUGCUCCUAAACCAAGCAGCAAACCAGUCAGAAAACAUGCUGAUGACACUAAAGCUGGACUGCUCGUGUUCGCUGUCAGCUUUGUGGCUGCGUACUUCACGGUCCUGUACACGCUGAACUUCGGGCGUGAGAAGGCGGAGGCGUGGUUUACUGCCUUCAUCACGUCCUUCUUCACAGACCUGAUCCUGAUCCAACCAGUCAAGGUGCUGACUCUCGCUGUCAUCCUGGGCUUACUAAUCCGGAAACCUACAACAGAAGAUGACCCACCGCCUACAGAAGUGGCAGGUGAUGAAGAGUACCUACAGGCUGUGGUUGAACAGCCCACUGCUGAAGUGGCUGCCACAGCCCCCCUGGCUGGUGAAACCCUGACCAGAGACAGAGCUGCCUGUGUCAGGAGGAAGAGGUGCCGCCACAUCCUGCGGGAGAUGGUGGUGUACGGCCUGUUCCUGUCUGUCCUCAUGCUCAUGUCCUACACUGAGAGGAGCAACCUGGCCUUCUACAUGAACAACUCCAUCAGGAGUGCUCUCCAAGGCACUGACACAGUCACACAGAUAUCUGACCCUGCGUCAUACUGGACAUGGCUGGAGCAGGACGUCCUGCCUGCUGUCCACAGCCCAGCCUGGUACAACGGGAGGCCGUGUGAGGAAGAUCUGACUCUGUCUGAGCACCUCACACACGCCAUCUCCCCCUUACAACUACGACAAAUCCGCAUCACACAAGAACAAGACUGCACCGUUCCUGAUGCCAUGGCUCACGUCGCAGCCAGCUGUCUAGAUGAGUACUCUGCAAGUAGAGUGGACACAGGCAGCUACAGUGGCAGCUGGGGGGUGGCAGCGGAUCAUAACAACAGUACUGACAACAGGACUUCACCAUGGGACUACACGUAUGGGGAUAUCAAUAACGGUUUCCUGCAUGUUGGGGAGCACGGCGUGUACCCUGGAGGUGGUUACAUCGCCACCCUGGGUAGGACGAUGAAAGACAGCUACCAGACCCUAACACAUCUCCGGUCCAAUGACUGGCUGGACAACCGCACCCGGGCGGUCUUCACGGAGGCGGUUCUCUACAAUCCUCACGCCAACCUCUUCGCUGUGGUCACCGUGACGACAGAGUUCCACAUCACCGGGCGUGCCUCGACGGCAACAGAGCUGGUGAUCUUCAGGAUCCACCAUGAAGGCCAGGUCCUGCUGCUGGUCCUACGGAUGGGCCUGAUGGUCUUUCUGCUCUUCAGCCUGGUCAGAGAAGUCCUGAGGUUCAACACACACUUGUUUGCUUACCUGACUGACCCCUGGAGCUGGCUGGAGAUGCUCAUCAUCACCACAGGCAUGGCCGCCAUGGCGCUGUACUUCCGCGCACAGGGUAUGACAGACGAGGUGUCAGGACACCUGAGGGAGGGUCCCGCCCUGUUCCACCUGUACCGAGCGGCCGCCAUGUGGUACCAGGUGUACACGUACCUGCUCGGCGUGCUCACUUGCUUCACCUUAGUCAAGUUCAUCCGGCUUCUCAAGUUCAACAAGCACGUCAACGCACUUCUGUACACCAUGAAGAAGACAGCAAAGCCACUCAUCAGCUUCUUCGUCACAACAUGCAUCAUCUUCACAGCGUUCGCACUGUCAGCUCACCUCACCUUGGGCAUCACCAUCCCAGGGUACAGCAGCUUGCUGGGCACGUACACCAGCCUUUUCAACAUGAUGCUGGGCUCGUUUCAGUUCGCCGUGUUAGAAGAGAGCUCCCCCGUCUUUGGCCCUGCCAUCUUCCUGUCCUUUCAGAUCACCGCGCAGUUCAUCCUCCUGUCCAUGUUCAUGACCAUCAUCAUGGACGUGUACAUGGAGGUGAAGGACAGUGAACCUGGGGAUGUGGGAAUGGCUGCCUUCCUGUGGGAGGAGGUGUGUGGGGUGGUACACAAGAUUAAAUCAGCUGCAAACGGGCGUAAAACACAGCAGCCAGCUGCCAGGCAACACCCUGAGUUCACUCAGCUGGACCAGAUGCACCAACUGUUAGAGGAGCUGGACAGGGACAAGAAAUGUAGAGAAGAGAGGCAAAGAGAAGAGAGAUCCAGAGAAGACAGACAGAGAAGAAACAGGGACAGAAUGGUUCUGUACUCUGAGGCUCCUGGGUUGUGGUUUGUGUGAACCUGACUGUUGGUAAAGAAGCUAUGUCAAAUUUAUCACAACCAGACAAUGUAUACAAUCACAAUGUAUCAUAAACACACCAGAUAUGAGAAAUGUAUUAUGAAGAGAUACUAUUUUAUGACACCAGAUAUGACAAAUGUAUCAUAAACAGAUACUAUUUUAUGACACCAGAUAUGACAAAUGUAUCAUAAACAGAUACUA